AUGAAGGGUGAUAUCGUCGACUACGACAGAGGAAGAAGAUCAGAUGCAGUAGACUAUGCCCAUAAGUUACAAAUAUGGCACGGUUCAAUGGGGAUGUUGAAAUACAGCUGUUAUGGCGCUAUAUUGAUGUAUCUCGCUAAUCUGCGUUUCCCAUGGGUGCAGAGGCAGACUCUAGCUGGUAAAGCAUUUGUAGUUAGUUCGUUCGGUAUUUUUGGCCUCGUAGUCUCGGCGGAUACACACUUGCUAUCACAUGAAAGACAGCAGGGAUCAGUCGAGAAUGAAGUCAGACGGCGGGCGUUGGAAGAUCUCAGUGCAAAUCAUGGCAUCGUCGCAAGCGAGGGUCAGAUCCGACGCUGGGUAAUGGAGAAGAAAGCUGAAGCUGCACAAGAGAGAGAAAAAAACCUAAAGAAAGAAUGA